UGAGAUGGUACGCGCCCCCAGGAAGGUACACGAGAAGGGCACUAGGCUGCGGGAGCUGAGCCGUCAAUGUCUCGCACUCCUCUUUUCCACCUCCUCCACCCGACUCGGCGACCUCUGCCCUCCUCCGCCCGUUCCUCGCCGACGCCACCUCUCCCGGUAGCCGGUCCGAGGCUACAGGGAGCCGCUCCACCCUCCUGGUUCCAGCAUUAUGACAGACAGAAGUGAUGGACCAAUUGGUAGGCUCCCAGAACAUCUUCUUGUAGAAAUAUUUGUUCGGUUACCUGUGUGCGAGUGGGUUGAGAUAUCAUGUGUCAACAAGCACUGGGCAAGCAUAUUUCAAGGAGAAUGCAUGUGGCAAACUGCUAUUGCAAGGAAUUGGCCAGCAGCUGGUCUCCGGAAGCGCUGGCCUGGGCCAAUUCCCAGAGGUUCUGCUAGGAGGAGAUUCCAAGCAUUAUAUGUCUCUGAGAACUUUGUCCCAUCUGGUGGGGAGAUUGAUGAACUUGUUGGUCACACUUAUCUUUAUUUAAAAGAACAACUUCAGCGCCCUAUCAUGCCUCCUUCCAGCAUACUUCAUGGCACCAUCAUUGAUCAGUUCAUUGCUUGUGGUAAGACAGCAGAAAAGGCCCAUGAACUUGCUUCGAAAAUAUGGCUUGGAGUCAUUGACAGCUUGGAUGAAAACCAGCAAACUUUCUUUCUGUUAAAACACCUUGCACAAGAAGGAGAAUUUUUCCUUCCAUUUCCCUACUCAAGGUCAUACAAGGUACUAUGGAGGGUGUUUGACAAGCUGUUCACCGACUUCCGUGACUGUUUCAGCCGGGCUGAUUACCAUGAUGCGCUAUCAGCUGCCAAGUCUAGGUUUCAACCAGUACCCUCUACAUGGCUUGGCCAUUAGCGCACAUCUGUUGCUCUUGUUGUGCACUGCACAUUGUCAUAGAUAAAGCAUACAUUCCAAAGGGCAAAGUGAGAUGCCAAAGAGUGGCACUUCCUGUGGAUGAUUUGUGUUCAUGUAGCAUCUUGGCAACUUCAAGAACAUUAUACAGCUGCUUCAUUGGA